AUGGCUUCUCACGCGGCGCUCGUAUCAGGCCCAAUUCACGCGUCCAAGACUCGACGGGUUGCUCCUGACUCGCCUCGCCCCGUGAGCAGAUCACCGUCGAUGGCUUCUUCUCACGCAGCGCUCGUAUCAGGUCCGAUUCACGCGUCCAAGACUCGACGGUUUGCUCCCGAGUUCCCUCGCAAGGCACCUCGAGUUCGUAGUAGGUUCUACAAUGGAGUGUCAGAAACCGUCCGACCCUCAGAGCAGCCUCGUCCUUCUCGUCCUUGCAGCAGCCGCUUUCCGCCUCUUCGUUCCCCCUCCCUGCUCCUCGUCCGCCCAUGCCUCUCCGCCCUGCCAUCCGCCCUUCCACGCGUGUUCACAUUGUUGCUCCAACAGGGCAGGCUGGGUUCAAGUGACGCACUUCACCCGUCCUCACCCAAGCCUUCCCUGGCCAAGCCUGUCACAGUGGGGUGGUCCGAGCCUCUGCUCGAGCCUCGGACACUCGUCUCCCCCUCGCUUGACCGUCCUCUGAUUCCCCUGCUUGCUCUGCUUCCGUUGCUGCCACUGGUGUCACUGCUUGUUUCGCAUUGUCCCCGGCGAAACAAUGCAGCAGCGGACAAUGCCACUGGUGUUCAAGACACCCUCCUCAGCCGCAUUGUCCCCGCUGCUCUCUCCCAUUGCAGCGGCAUUGCUGCUGCUCUCUCCCAUGUCAGCAAGCUCCUGAGGGGCGGAGUGCGAGCGCUGCUGCUGUCUACCCUGUUCUUCGUCCUUCCCCCAUUUCACACCUUUUCACAUCGCGCGUUUCCUCCACCCCUCCCAUCCCAACGUGCACUGCAAUCAACCCACUCAUGUUCCGCAGACGACGUGAUGUUCCUGGCAAGAUCCGAUCCGAUUCCAAGCACUGGCAGCACCAGCAGCGCCUGCAGCGCCUGCAGCACCAGCAGCAGCGCGGAGGAUGGCAGCACUCGCCCGGCAUCCUCAUGGCCGCACAAGCCUCGAGUGGGGGCGUGGCUGUCUUUUGAGGCGCCUCAAAAGUGCAGCAGCGCGGAUGGCAGCGCCUGCAGCAGUGCGGAGGAUGGCAGCACUCGCCCGGCAUCCUCAUGGCCGCACAAGCCUCGAGUGGGGGCGUGGCUGUCUUUUGAGGCGCCUCAAAAGUGCAGCAGCGCGGAUGGCAGCGCCUGCAGCAGUGCGGAGGAUGGCAGCACUCGCCCGGCAUCCUCAUGGCCGCACAAGCCUCGAGUGGGGGCGUGGUUGCGCCAACUUAAGGAGAGGGGGAGGAUGGAAGCCAAGUUGAGGGGGAAGGCCAAAGAGAAGCCACCCGAGGCGUACACAGAAACUACGGCAGCGGGUUCAUUGUCAGCAGUGCUCAGCUCAGCGGCUGGUGCUCACCAAUGCGCACGUGCUGGAUGCUGCUUCUCCCUGACGGUCCUGCUUCUCCCUGACGGUCGUCCCUUUGCCACUGAGUCAACCGCACUGCAUCCCUCUGCAUACCUAACACUGCUUCUCCCUGACGGUCAUCGCUUUGCCACUGAGUCAACCGUUCUGCAUCCCUCUGCAGACCUUGCAGUGCUAAAGCUUGCUGAUUGGGUGAUCUCGGUGGGAAAUCCCGUGGGGCUGCCUGGCAGCAUCAGCCUGGGCGUCAUCAGCAGCCUCCACCGCACCGCUGCUCAGGUGAGAUUGCAACUGUGGAGGGUGGGGGAUGUGGGAAGGGGGAGAGGGGGAAAGCAGACCUACACGGGUUCACGUGGGACUGCCUGGCAGCAUCAGCCUGGGCGUGAUCAGCAGCCUGCACCGCACUGCUGCUCAGGUGGGAGUGCCCCACUCUUCAUUCCAUUUCUUCCAAAUCGACUGUGCCACCAACCUGGGGAGCUCUCCUCUCUCCACUCCCACUCCUUCCUUCCCGUCUCCCUCUCCCUCUCCCUCUCCCUCUCCUCUCCCUCCCCCUCCCCCUCCCCCUCUCCCUCCCCCUCCCCCUCCCCCUCCCCCUCCCCCUCCCCCUCCCCCUCCCCCUCCUCCUCCCCCUCCCCCUCCCUCUCCAUCUCCCCCUCCCUCUCCCUCUCCCUCUCCCACUCCCUCUCCCUUUCACCGGCCUCAGGUGGGAGUGCCGCACUCCUCCCUCCACUUCUUCCACAGACUGUGGGAGUGCCGCACUCCUCGCUGCACUUCUUCCAAACAGAUUGUGCCAUCAACCAGGGCAGCUCAGGCAAUCCUCUCGUGAACGAGUUUGGGGAGGUGCGUGCUGCUGUUUCCACCUUGCUCCUCUUCCCCAUGAGUGAGAACAUGUGGGACCUCACGCCCGGUCGGAUGCUGAGGGAGUGGCAUUCGCCAUUCCCAUCAACCAUGCUGUUUGUGAGCUGA